UAGACAUUCUCCAGGGUGAUGGAGAAGAUGUAGCUAUUCGGCCUGAAAAUACGAGACGUUGAUCGAUUUUAAACGUGAAUUGUGUACACCGUGACAACAAUUACAAUGGCCGGUUUAAGGAGAGUUAACGGAAAAUACUCGGGAGUCAACCCAGCUGUCAGUUGCUGUCGCCUGCGUCAGGUUCAGUCUCUGCUCUCUGAUGGCGGCGCUGCCACUCCGGAUGGCAUCCUGUGCUCUCUUGGAAUUGACAGCAGAUAUAAUGAAGGCUGCACUGAGCUUGCCAAAUACCUGUUCUAUGGAUUAUAUGGAAGAAAUCAGCUGAAUCUGGAACAUUUGCUUGAGGAAUUUUCUGAGGAAAUGCUGGAUGAUGUAAUCCUUCUGAUCAAGGCGGAGUGUGUUCAUCUGUACUGCAACCCAAUGAACUACAGUUACCUGUUGCCCUACGUGUCUCACUGGAGAAACCUGCAUCUCUACUGCAUGACAGAGGCAGAGUAUGAAGAUGAAGAAGCAGCAGAAGAGUUCAAAAUCUCCAGUUUUGUCACAAUGGUGCAGGACUGCCAUCGUAUCGGAGUACCUUACAGUUCACAGGGACACAUCCAGAAGUUUGAUAUGUUUAUGGUGGAAAAAUGGCCCCUCAUUCAAGCAUUUGCACUGGAAGGCAUCGGCAGAGGAAGCUUUUUCACCAUGAAGUACAAGCUAAUGGACAUGAGUGAGAGGCUGUGGCAGGUGUACAACAGACUCGACCCAGUGUCCCUGGAUAAUCUACUAAGCGAGGACUUGGUUAACUUUGAGAAGCAGUGGACCAGCUUUUUCUCCAGCAUGGACCUGGAGAGCCAUCUGUCCAUCUUGGAGCUGUCUGAAGCUCAGGCAGGAGAAGCAUUCCGCACGUAUUACUCCCAUGGACUGAUCUCAAGCAACAUCACUGAUAAAAGUAAAAGUCAGCAGCCCUUUGUGUUGUUUGGGAGGCAUUCCUCCUCAGAGGAUCUGGAGAGCUACUCCUUCAACUUUCCCUCUGAGAGUCAUCAGGUUCGCAACACAGGACCUCGAGCCUCCACAGCCAGACACAUGAUCUUGCAGUGUGUGGCUCCCAAAGGACCGUUAGCCUGCACUCGAACCUAUUUCUUUGGGACCACCCACACCCCAUACCUUGGAAAUCAAAAUACACAGCAAAAGAAAACAGAAGUCUUACUUUUGUCACAGAUUUAUUCAGCUGCUGUUCAAGCAGUUCUUUCAGGAAUCAAAUGCUACUCCUGUUCCUCCAGUCCCACCAAGGCAAAAGAUGUAGCAGAGCAAACCUUUCUGAUGACUUUGGACUCGUUGAAUUUAAGUCAGUACCGCAGCGCUCUCAGGUCCAAAUGUGACUUCAACAUUCAAGCAGUGAACAAGCAAGGAAGGAUCAUUCCCUUGUCUGAAGACGAAAGCCGUUACAUGAUAAAAACAGCCUCCAUGACCGUCCAUGACAUCCCAGACCUGCAGUGGGAUGGGGGGGAUCUGGGCUCUGUGGUCUUCUCUGAAUCUUUCUUGGAGUCCAGCAUCAACAUUCAACAGAAAGAUGGCACUGUGUCCUCAGAUAGCUGCUACACCAUCCUCACUACAACGGUGCCUCGCUACGCCUGCUGGCUGAUGGAAUCUGAUGUGAAGCAAUCUGAGCAAGCUCAAAAUCUUACAAAGGAGGAAGGUACAUGUUUGGGAACUGCUCUGACUGUAGCAGAUGCUGCUUACGUCUUCUCCAGCAGCCAGCUCUCCACACCUGAAGAAGGGAAAAUCAUCUUCUUCUCUGGGGGACUCCUGUUUAUCCAUUCUCAAUAUGGAAGCAUCACCGUCUCCAAGGAUCACAUCAGCAACAUCAAGUUCUAUGAUCCGGACUCCGGUGCUGUAGCUUCUCUCAUUUUGGAGUAUGAGAGCACCCUGCUCCCCCACCUCCCGUUCCCUCUCCAAAGCUCUGACCAGUGUCUGGUCUUUGCUCUUCAGCCCAGGUCUAAGAGCCACAGGGCCUUCUAUUCCAAGGUUUUGUCAGUGUGGAAAAACUCUGAAUCUGGACUCUCUCUACAAAUGGUGGAACAAGAACACCUGACCUGGAGCCAGAGAAACAUGCACACCAGACUGCAGAAGCUGCACGACAGUCAGGAGCCACCAGUCGCCAAACGCAGAGGCAGCCUGAAGACUUCAUACUCCCAGCUGCCAGAGCAGGACAUGUUUCUGCAGCACUUUUCUCUGAGUAGUAUUGGUCAGGAGCCCAUUCUGUAUGACCACCUGGGGACGCUCUUUCCCUCCUCAGACUUGAGGAACCCGGUCAGCAGCCAGGGAGACAAGGUUGUCAUAACCAUCAUCACUGGGCUGCCAGGAAGCCAUAAGAAGAGACUCUGCAACUUCCUGGUCCAGCUGAACAAGGAAUGCGGAAGGUGGGUGGUGUACGAGCCUGCUCCUGACAGCCGUGACAGCUUCUCAGCCUCUCACCUCCAGCAGUAUUUGUCCAGCUUCCUGGAGAGCCAGAGAGGCCCAGGAGGCAAACCCCGUCUGUUGGUUCUCUCACCUGGAUACACUGAUGUCCUGGAUAUAGUCCAGGCCGUGCUUUUCCACCCUGACCCAGUUGUCCAAGCCUGUUUCACCAUCGGCGCUGUCACCGCCUGUGUGGAUCCACUCGCCUCCUGCAUGGAGCACAGGUUUGCUUUUCCUAAGCUGUUGGAGCAGUGUAGUCAAGGUAUUGUGAGUACAGUGGUGUUCACCGGGCUGACAGCAGAGCAGAAGCACCCUCUCAUGCAGCAUGUUCAGCAGUUGGUACGCUCUGCCAACCCCACCGCAGCCUUCAUACUGGGAGAGAGAGGAGCUGUCACCAGGAAUGAAGAUGUGAAUCUGAUAUUGUCUGAAAGCAGCUUCAAUGAGCCACAGAUGCUGAGAGCACGUUAUGUCCUCUACCCCGGCUGGUGCAAAGGGCGCUUCUUCUCUGGUUCCGGGUCUCUGGUUCUCACCCAGCAGCGCAUGGCUUUCAACCGGCCCCUAGAGAGGCCUCUAUUUGUCGCCCGCUGUAAAGCAUUGAAGUCAUCACUAAGGCCAAGCCCCUUCCAAGGAAAUGUGUACAAUGUUGCGGGAAAAGUCAGAUUUUCUGACUCAGACCAAAUGAUGGAGGUGAGCUACAACACAGCGAGCGGGAACCUGAGCGUCGUCCCAGACCGGAGCGACCCACUGACCCCGGGCCUCCAAAAGAACAACGCCUCCUGCUUCCUGAUCUUUGACGGUGUUGGUCUCACUGAGGACGGACUGAAAGACUGGCUCAGACUGUGUGCCAAGCAGAGGCAGACAAAGAAGCCUAAGAAGACUAAAAAUACCCUUUCACCACAGGAAAUCAAGAACAUACAUCUGCGGAGGCACUUGGACCCACUACCACCAGGCUACUUCUACAAUGGUUAUCAAUAUGUUGACAUCUUUGGAGAAAAAAGAAACUGCCAUCCCAACAUGGAUGAGUUUAUUAAGGAGUACAUCGCUGAGGCCAACAAAGAGAUCGAGCUGUUCAACCGCCAGCUGGAGCUGCAGGGUCAGCCUGACCUGUUUGAUCCAUGAUAGAAUCUGUGUGUACGUCCACUGCCUCCAUCUGUAUCAUUUCACUCUAAGGGAACCACUAUGGGAGGGACAGGGAGGGCACGGGGGGUUAUGUACUGAACACUCCACUCAAAUGGUCAAUGUGUGAUCACAUCACAUGCAACUGCAGAAGCUGCUGCUGCCAGACGUCCAUUCAUUAUCUUUAAACUAUGUCACUUUGUUUUCUUUUUGGUGGCAUGGAAAAGUUGAGUGCAGGUGAGGUUUUGAUGGGUGACGUCACCCAUCAAAAGCCAGUUAUGUCAUGGCAUUGGUGUAGGCUUUACUUCCUCUGCAACACAACUGACUGUACAGUUAGCACUUGGCUCGGUUACGUAUCACAUUCAUCAACUGAAAGUGGCAAAUUGAUGUGGUCGCUUGUGUGAACGCAAAUUAAAACAGUUCCUCACAACUGCAGACAAAUCUGAAACAUAACGCAACACAAGACUCCAUCUUUAAACCAAUGUGAUUACGCCACUAAGCCUGCAAGCUAUGAGACUUGCACAAUUGAAGGGAAUUUCCAUCUGCACACUCCUACGCCUUGUGCGUUUCUGUUUAUCACAGUUGGCAAAUUAAUGCCUCUAUUUCUGGACAGGCAUGGAUAGCCGUGUGAUUCUGGUGGGCUCCCUGGUGGGGUUUCUCAAGAAUCGCUCCUCCUCUGUUGUCACCCAAUCCAUAGCCCACCUGUUAGCUUGUCUGCGUGCCACGCUGCAGCAGAGGGAACGCUUGGCCGUAGAGCUGUAAACAUUGGACAGCCUGUUGGCUGCAGCCAACUGAUGAAUGAUGCCAUUAAUCACACAGCUAUACGCCAUCCCAGUGCUUUAUUUUAAGACUCCUAAAGUGAAUCUAAUGAAAGUGCAAUAAAGCAGACUUCACUCCCUGCAGCAACGUCUUGUAGUUACAAAACAGCUGAGGCCAUCAAGAAACUCAUUGAAUAACUGAGGUUGCAUGUCACCAGAAACUUUUCUACACAGAACUGCAUUCUGUUUAUUACAAUGCUGCUAGUUAACCGUAAGGGCGUUUUCACACCUAUAGUUCAUUUGCUUUGGUCCCUAUCAGUGGAUGAGUUGCUACUUUGUUACAUUUUCCCUUCGGUUCAGUUCGGUUUGGUUCGGUUUGGUUGUAGGAGCUGGCACUCCAUUCAUUGGUCAGAAAUCUUGUGGGGUUGGCGAGCGGAGAAAUGAGUUUGUUUUUCAGAAACGGCAGAUAGACUACUACAACAUUUAUAAAGAACUUGAUUUUCCUUCUCGCAUUUGUAAAACAGAAUAAAACCAAUGUGUGAACCGUAAUACUCAGGGAAACAAAGGUGUACUUGUUCCACACAGAAAGGUGGAUUAGUAAAAUUGUCUGUGAAAAUAUUUUCUAUCAGCAAUAAAGUGUACUAUGAUUAUUACUGAGAUAAACUGCGUCUCUCUCUCUCUCUCUCUCUCUCUCUCUCUCUCUCUCUCUCUCUCUCUCUCUCUCUCUCUCUCUCUCUCUACGCCUCCGUGGUGCUGAAACUACUUUUCAACUGGUUUCUUAAUCUUAUUCUUAUUAAUAAGAAUAAUGAUAAUUAAAAUCUAAAUUAAAGUGCUUUAUAAAUGGUGUAUCUGCCGUUUCUGAACACAAAAACUAUUUACGUCUUUCAUAUUUUUCACGUUGGUGCUGCCCAGUACGGCAAGUUGACUGGUGCUCCCAGGCACUCGCCUGAUCCGUUAUAUGAAUAAUCCGGUCCAGUCAUUUGGGCCAUAUACCGAGCCAAAAUAUGCAAGCAGAAUGUUAGAACGCACUUCAAUGCAACAUCUAGAGAACAAUGUGUUGCACGAAGAAGACAUGCUGCCUUCAGUCAGCUGCAGAGAAGGCAGCCUUAAUGCACAGUGCAGCUACAGGAGCUGGUUUAAUCCAAAAAAUGCUUCCUACAGUUGGGUCUGAUCACGUUCAUUCCACAAACAAACUGUACCAGCAUACGUACUGUAAGCAGACUAAGACCUCCUUUUCAACAAGGUCUUGGUCCAGUUGUUUUGGUCUGCAGCCGAGUGUGAUUGCUGUAUUCACAAACGCCCAAACGAAUUGCACCAAGGGGGGAAAACGAACCAGAGUUCAAUUCAACCGAACUAAACAAGGCAGGUGUGAAAGCACCCUAAGAAACCAGGUAGACACAGAUGAUAAGCUAAGCCUCACUGCAGCCAGCUGUGGAUCACUCAAUUCACCAUUUUGGUCAAAAUGUUCAUUUGUUCUUGCAUUUGUGAAACAUGAACAUUCCCGUGCUUUUUUUGUUAAUCUUUUGGGUCACUUAGGUUUGGUUAGAACAAGGGUUAAAUGUCAUAAUGUGGGGAAAAGCCAGUUAAUUGUCUGGUUAGGUUUGGAUAACAGGGGUAGAGCCUUUAGAGUACGGUAUAAAGACUUUGUAUCAGUCGUGAUGUUGCAGAGAAUCAGACUAUAUGUGCUGUCGAAAUGAGUAGUUACGCUACUGUUUGCUCUGCGAUCGUGUGCGUCACACUAAUGUUCUAUGCAUGUCUUCCUCUUACAAGGGUUCCUACACAGGAUUUGAAAUACUCUACCUUGAAGGUAAAAUGUAUUUCAUAAUUCCUCAGCUGCGGAAAACACAUCUUGUCAUGUGUACAACUACAUAUUAUAAAUUGUGACAUCUAACCAAAACAAAAUUUCCAAGCAGAAGCAUGGAAAAGACAUGCAAUUCACAAGCUGAAAAUGUGAAGGAACCCUGCUACAGUCUCUGGAGAUUUAAUGGCUUUCAUUCAUUAUGGGGUCAGCAGUGUAACAUGCAGACUAAUUAACAAUCUUUAGUGAACUGAUACUGAGUUGUUGAUACUGCUGCUGCUACAACACAACAAUUGGCCUUUACAUACUGUGCCCAAACAUUGCCGGUAUGCCAUGAUGAAUAUGAUUUUCACCAUGUCAGAUAAGAGAUGAUGGGUGUUUCUGGUAAGAGCAUAUUCGAACUCCAUAAUCUAAUUCCUCAGUUGAGGGGGGGAAAUGCCUGCUAGUGAGGUGAACACUUAUUCACUGUUGUUUGAUUCUUAUCCAAACAGAUAUUUUUAGAUCAUGGGUUACCUCAGUGUAUUUUGGGGUCGCCAUUCACAUCGCUGACUAUGUCAUGUCUUACAUGUCUGUCUGUCAACGCUGUUAACAGCCAGUAAAACCGAAAGAAUCAAUAAUUUUAGUUUUCAAUUGGCAGACAAUCAGAGAGUGAUAGAAUUGUUAGCAAGUUCUCCCCCCCCCCUCCAGAUGAUCGAUGUGUCUCUGCACAGGUUCAAAUAAUCCUGAACCUGAUCUCACCCCGACACUGCUGGCCCCAUCCGUCCUCUCAGUAGAAUCUACUUAGAUCUAAACAAGCCAUAUCAUCCUAUGCUAGAUGUGCCACUGUCUUUUUAGAAGAAUAACAAAAUGCAUAGAUUAGCACGUAACAUAGCAACAAAGUAUGCCUCUAACAUGUAUUACCCUGGCAUGUUCCAGAUAGCCAGCAAAAAGAGGGGUCAACGCGGAGAGGAGCAGACCCCAAGUUACUCAUUCCAUUAACUCCUCUCGUACAGUCCUUCUCCUUUACUCUAUAAAAGAAGUGCAAUUGUACCUUGUGUUUUUAUAUAUUCUACUUACAGUACUCUCAAAUAUCUCUUUAAGGACGAAACAAAGCAAACAAAUGAGCUGCUAAAUUCUCAGUCUCUCACAGCUUGUGUUCUGUGGUCUGCUGGAUUCUGGCUUUGAGUGCUUGUAGCUCACAUAACACCAUAAAGGGUCUUAAAAAGAAGUCAAGGGUUUUGUUACAAAAUGAGACACCACUCGAAAAGAGCAAUAACGUCCACUCACAAACUCAACCAUAAGUGCAGCCAAAUGACUGAUAAAUGUAAUGCAAACAGAUUACACUGCUUUUUUUAAAAAGUGGAGCAGGAUAAUAUGUAACUUAAAUCCUUUGUUGACAAAAUGAUGACCCCCCCCCCUCCGUAUAAGCCGGAUCCUCCGUUUAACGUUUAAGAGAUGCACUCUAUCAAAGCCGUCUGUUUUCAAGCAACUGUUGCUGUCGUUCUGUAGUUAUGUAAUACUGCAGAGAGUUACCUUGACGGACAGUGAAAUAGUUGCGAGGCUGAUGUAUGGGAGACUGAAGGCGCCACAACUUUGAAACCAGCUACACAUGUCAAAGCAGUGGAACUGAAACCUUAAUUGGCCAAGAGAUCAAAUAGUAGUCCUUAAAGAGUUGAGGGUUAUGUAAGAUGUUUGUGAUAUUGAAAUCAAAUUACCACUAACACACACACACAUACACACACAUAUAUACACGAUUAUUACUACAAGUAUGUCUACACUAUUUUGCAUGUGUUGAGAUGUCAUGUGAAUAUGAUACCGCAUAUAUGCUGACAAAAUUGCCUUUCACCAAACUGGUACAACAAAAGAGAAAAUAAUCACAUUUAUUUUACAUAUCUGCUAAGAAUUUGAAUUACCUCGAAACGACAAAAAAAUUAUUUUUGUAAGACUGUGAAUUGAACGAUUCUAGAUGCAAACAAAACGUCUCCUCUCGCACAAGCUACACAAAGCAAAAGCAGAUGCAACUUUUUUCUUUUUUUUUAAAUUCAAAAAAAAAAAAAAAAGAAAAAACUCGAAGAGAAUCUGAUCAGUUGUGAGACGUCAGGUUUCUCUGAUCCAGCAGUGCCUUGGCUACGGCUAAGAAAAGCAGAGAUUAAAGCUGCAUUCAGAGCUCCAUCUCUCUCCCUGUCAGAGGGGGGGGGGGAGGAGGAGGAGGAGGUGUUGUCAGGCGAAGAUCCGUCCUUCAACAGUAUUGGUGAAAGGAAUCCAUGGAGUUGUUCUUUUAAAGCAAUGUGUUUUUACUAAAGCCAGAGGGUAAAGUAGGCGAGGUCACACAUGGGGAGGCCACUGGAGGGCUCAGGACGAUUCAGGUAUUCUUGCAAACUAACCAAAUAAAUGUUGGAAUACGGGCUGGAUACAUUUUAUUUACAUUUAUAGUGGUAUAACUCUUGGUAGCUUAGGAUUUCUUUAAAAUGUAAAUACACUAGAAGUUGUAUUUUUUUUACUGAAGCUAACAAUUUAUGUUCAGGUUCCGUUAAAAUCCAUAACCGCAUCAAAAUAAUAGGAAAUGCUUGUCUUCUGUCGAUGCCCAGCCCUAGUUGGGAUUCAAAACCUUGACGUUUUGAAUCAGUAAGUAGAGAUGUAAAAUGAGGAUUUAAGUUUGUGACUAAAGUUGGGUGACCCCUACUUAUUGCACAUUGGGGGGCCCAAAGAGCCCUCCACAAGCCUCUCAGUGUGACAGCUACGCAGCUCUCUGGCAGACUGAGCACCCUGGUGUCUUCAUGCUGUUUGUGGAGGCUAGCCAUUUUGUAGCUGAAGUUAUAGGACAAAAACAAAGUUUGGUGUUAAUUGGUUUUAUAAAGGUGGGGGGGCGGGAGGACUGUGAUAUUCUUGUACUGCAAUGUGAUAACACGAUGUGAGAGGUUUUUGUUCUUUUCUAGUUUUGAAGAUUGGCUCCAAUGUUGAAAAGGGCCAACGAUGUGGACUUGUAUGCACUUCCUGAAGAAGUGGAUAUUUUUAUGUAAUCUGUGCUUAUUGGAGAAAGGCGGCUUGGAAAUGGAUUUUUAACUGACCAAAUAUUUCAUAGGCCUCAGGGGAUUGUUGAUACUAAUUGUUCGGGCUGUUCUGUCUUAUCAAGGUUAAAAGGGAAUCACAGGCUCUUCACCUCACAGUCUUCACAGACAGCGAGAGGAAUCUGCUCAGGUAUUAUUUCCAUACCUGAGAUUACAUAUUUGCCCUAUCACACUAAAGUGUUAUAGAAGAAGAUGGGGGUGAAAUUGUGGUUAAUAUCUUCUGUCUGUAGAAACAUACUGGCUGUACGGAACAGCCAUGUACGAACUAGGGCGUCGUUAUUCAUGUCAAGGAACAGUAACGAUUCAAGUUGGGAGGUGUUUGAUGUCAUGAUGGCAAAAUUAGAUCUGGGAAAAAGUAAAGGGCUCAUUUCUUCUCCCCUGUCUGCAAGCCGUCUAAAAUAAAAGGAAAAAAAAAAAAACUUCAUAUGGUCUCUAUUGUGACAAGUAGAGGAGAAAAAAAAACUACUUCAAAAGUGCCAAACUGACUUCCACAUUUUGUUUUGAGGGUGUUCACAGAAAGUGAGCAAAACUGAAUUGCAUUUGCACAAAACUACUGUAACUUUUGUUUUUUUCCUGUGACUGAUGCUUUUAUAAUCUAACUGUUGUAUUUAUUGCACCGCGUAAUCCAUUAAAUAUUUAUAUGGUU